AUGGGUUCUCGGCGUAACGGAUCAAUGACCACGCGCACAGUCCCAUCCGGCUUGCAGACGCCUGUCUAUCUCCUUUUGAGCCAAGCCCGGAAGGAUCUCUGGGCAAGGUCAUCCCAUGCCAAGCCAGCCUUAAAAGUGUGUGAUGCGGGAUGUUGCUUAUACCCUGUCCUCACAUUGGAGGGACGACCAUCUAAGUCCUUGGCAUUCGCUUGGCCCAUGAGCGGAGUGGUAUUCUAUCCCGUCCGAAACUCGGGGUAUCCUGGUAUUCUGGGGUGCAGCGGCAUUUACUGUUACUAUCACGAGAAAAAUGCGGGAUAG